AUAGACAUUGCUGAGCAAAAACUUUUCUGGGCAGUGACUGGCAGUGGAGUGAUUGAAAGAGGAAAUGUGGAUGGCUCAAACCGAGUUACUAUAGUGCAGCACCUCUCUCACCCCUGGGGAAUAGCCGUCUUCGAGAACUUCCUCUAUUACACGGAUCGUGAUUAUGAAGCCAUUGAAAGGGUGGACAAGUCCACGGGAUCUAACAGAGUUGUGGUUAGAGACAAUGUAUCUGGACUCAAGUGUCUGCGUGUCCACUACCGAGACAAAACUACAGGUAAUUCUAAUGGCUGCAGCAAUAAUCCAGAUGCCUGCCAACAGUUUUGCUUGCCGAAACCCAGUUCC